AUGGUGCGUGACACGCCCCAAGAAAUACCGCAAGAGCGAUUGGGUCGUGGAUGUCGUGUGCCUCGACCAGCCCGUGACUCCUAUGACUCACUAUAUCUAGCAAAGGCGAUGCUGCCAGUCUCGAAAAGACGAGCAGAAUCUGGGGAACUGCAAAUUAAUUCACGCUACCCGGAACGAGAUGCUGCUAAGAGGGCUCUUGUAAAGAUGAGUUCUACAUUACAUUCAUUGGAUGAAGAUUCCAUGCAAUUAUUUGGUGGACUUCAGGAAGAAGCGGAUGAUAAUGAGAAAUGCAGUAGUGUAGAUGAUGGUAGUUUGGCUGGUGUAGCCUCUUCACAGUUGCGUGGAAAAAAACGUAAUUUUAACCGAUAUAAAGUUGGAACGCAUAAACGAUCUCGUGCAUCAUCUAUUGAUUCCUCCAUUUCAAACGAAUCACUACGGGAGACAACACAUGGACGUGGUGAAGAAGGUGAAGAACUUCUUGUAGAUCACUCUUCUUCAGCAUCUUCCUCACCAAGGUGUAUGAGUGAGAAUGAGGCCCGUGUUGUUUGUAAAAACGCUAAAGAAAGUACCGUAAAAAAUGUUCCAAUUAAUCAUUACCUUGAUAAUGUUAUACAAGGCGUUGUGGAUUCAAAAAAAACAUCAAAACGAAAAGAUCAAAGUCAUCGACGUCGUAUGGAAGAUGUUUUUCUUGGACUUGGCGAACACCAUGGUGAUUCACAAAGUACAGAUAAAAAUAAUCAUUUUCAGUCAAAGGAAGAGACUCCUGUGGCUCUAGGUGAUAUUACUCCUUUACAUAUUGAUACAUCAGUCUCAUUUGAAAAAGUUGGUGGUUUACCUGGUCAUAUUGUAAUGUUGCGUGAGAUGGUGUUAUUUCCUUUAUUAUACCCAGAAGUAUUACAGGCGAUGAAUCUUACCCCUCCACGUGGGGUACUCUUUGUUGGACCUCCAGGUACAGGGAAAACACUCAUGGCAAGAGCUUUGGCGAAUGAAGGUAUACGAUGUACUCAUCGUAAAAUUGCAUUCUUUAUGCGAAAAGGUGCUGAUAUUCUUUCAAAAUGGGUAGGAGAAAGUGAGCGUCAAUUGAGUUUGUUAUUUGAAGAAGCUAAACGACAGCAACCGAGUAUAAUUUUUUUUGAUGAAAUGGAUGGUUUAGUUCCGGUUCGUCAUGCUAAAUCAGAGCAAUCACAAGCUGCCCUUGUCUCAACUCUUCUUGCUCUUAUUGAUGGUUUAGAUGACAGAGGACAAGUUGUUGUUAUUGGUGCUACAAACAGACCAGAUACCAUCGAUCCAGCACUUCGUCGUCCUGGUAGGUUUGAUCGUGAACUUUAUUUUCCUUUACCAGAUGCUGCCGCACGUCGACAUAUUCUUACUAUUGUAACACAACCAAUGUUACCAAUGGAUCAUCCUGAUCGAGAAACAAUACUAGAGGAACUCACUGCACGAUGCGAAGGAUGGUCUGGAGCAGAAAUUCAAGCAUUAUGUACGGAAGCCGGUCUUAACCGAUUAAGAACAUCCCUUCCACAGAUUUAUACUACUAGUAGAAAAUUACAGAUUCCCAAAAAUGCUUUAACUAUACAAAAAGAAGAUUUCUUUAUGGCUACACAUCGUAUUAAAUCUUCUGUACGUCGUGGUGCUACUUCUAUUGUAAAUACUCUUGAAGAACAUAUAGAACAUUUACUUUACAGUACCCGAAAUCAAAUAUUAUCAUAUGUGGCAACCGUUUGGCCAAGUGCAUCUGCAGCUCUCACUCGAGAACGAAGAGACUGUAGUAACGCUAUUGAAGCAGUACGAGAAUUAAGUAGUUUUCCAGUUCCACAAACUGCACACCCAUCAUUACUAUUUCUUACACCUUCCUUAACAGAGGGUAACUGGAGUAUUGAGGAAUGUGAAUUUGCUAUAGAAAAGAUUUCUAUCGCUAUUCUCAAAGCACUUCCAUCAAUACGUAGUUUCACAUUAGAUCUUCCUCAUUUAGUUGUGGAUCAUGAUAAUGCUGCAGUGAUGGCCGCAUCUACUGCUAUGACUACAAACUCUAGUAGUGAAUCGACAAAAAUGGAAGAAUGUAGUGCUUCACAGGGUACUAAUUUUAAUACAGGACACAUUUAUUCUUGCAUCACCGCCUUGCAACAGUCAUCUGGACCAUCUCUAGUACUUUUACAAGGGUUAGAUAUGUGGUUAAAAGAAUAUGGCUUACCAACUAGUAAUACUAACACUAAUAAUUUAACGGAAGAAGAAAUUACUGAACGACAAAAACAUAUGCAGGAUUUGUGCUACUAUAUAAAUCUUUUGCGUAAUUCGGAUGUUCUUGUUUUAGUACCUACUCUUCAUGCAGAUGUUGGUGAUGUGUUUUUUGGUGGUAGAUGUCUACACACUCAAAUACGUAAAGCAUCAUGUGUUAUUCCUUGUAAUCCCAGAAAGGAUGAUUUACAUCGCUUUUUAGAGUAUGUAUUUCAUGUGGUUAAUCUAGGUCUAUCACACUGUGUGUAUACUGGUUGGGUGGAUUUGCCUGAUGAUGUGUCGCCCCCACCACCUCCCUCCUUGGAACAAGUGCGUGCGGCCCGUCACAACGUCAUUGAUUUGUGGCGUCGUGUAGAAUACCGUAGAAGACAGUUACGUUACAUUCUGACAAAGUGGGUAAGUCAAUACAUAAAUUCUCGUAAGUUUUCUUUAUUUUUCAGUGCCGAUCUCGAUUUUACACCUGGUCAUCAACUCUAUGAAGAGUGGCAACAACAUACACAUGGUCGUCGAAUUGGUUUACAUGAUGUCAUGGAAAAACUCGAAAACGAAGAGUAUACGAGUCUUUCUCAGUAUCAUGACGAUAUUGAUUUACUUGUACAAAAUGUACGCUCAUUUUUUCGUACGCGAUCCUCAACAGACCAACGAUAUCGUAGUCGUGUACUAGAACUCAAGGAAACUACAGUACUAAAUCUCUAUAAAAUCAAUCGUAAUGUUGUACAAUUCUGCGAGGAACACAAGGAUUUGGCAGAACCUGAUAUAUCAUCAUCAUCAUCAUCAUCGGUAGCGUCUUCUCAGGAGAGUUCAGGUAAAGUUCUUGGAAAACCAGGCAUAGCAAGAAAUACAACAAUAAAUCAGAACACUAAUAUAACACGCAGGCGGCCACCACGUCGAUAUUAUGGCUCUCGUCGUCGUCGACGUCGUCGCGUCACUCGUCCUUCUGUAGCCAGUAGAAUUGAAAAAACGGAGAUGAAAAAAGAAGAAGAACAGGAACAGGAGGAAGAAGAAGAAAAUGUGAUCGAGGAAGAUAAGGAUGGAGUGAAUUUUACUGAAACACCUAUGGAUGAAGGAAAAAAUGGAGACCCUGUAAUUUCUACAGCUUCUAUGGAUGGUAUUAACGGCAGCAGUUGCAACGGGAAUAAGAGCAACAAUAUUGAAAUAACGCCAAAAGGUAAUGGCAUCUCGGAGAUUGAUUUCUGUGCGGAGGCGUUGAAUACAUAUUCAUUUUUUUCUCUUGAUUGCGUCUUUAGAGCAGCAAUGCCUUUGCUAGAAGCAGAAAUUAGUAGGAGACUUAAACAACAACAAGAAGAAAAUCGACAAGAGGGUGAGUCUACAUCGUUUCUUGAUGGGACGAACGUUGAGGGGAGUGCCUCAUUUUUUCAGCGAAUGAUUCAUGAAGCAAUACAAGCGACGGGUAAAGAAGCCAAGAUUGUAAACCCUCAAUAA